GUGACCAUAGGAUCUGGUACUUCUGUGUGGGAACAAUGUUUGUGGUUGUGUGGGCUUGUAUUAGUCAGAUGUCUGACCAGGUAUAAGUAGACCUUUGUAGAAAAGUUGCAAACACAAGUCCUGAAGCUGAUCAAUACAAAACAACCUCAAUUGUGCUGCAGUCUGGUGUUGAAGUCAUGAGGAGAGAAAUCAUCCUGACCUUUGCUGUGCUGUGUGUCUUCCAUGAUUGGACUCUGGGUGUGGACUCCAAGAUGGUUCAUCUCCAUCAGCCUGGUCUCAAUUCCAGCAUACCCUUAGACAUGGUCCCUAACUCUGUUGACGACAUGUAUAACGGUUGCACUGAACAAAUGUACAACAAGGUGGAGAAGGAAUAUCUUAUACAUGAAAACAAAGAGCCCUUCAAAAAUGCCUGGAAGUGGGCAGAAAGUUGUGCAAAUACCAAGUCCAAGUACAAUUCUAAAGACAAACUUUCACAUAAUCAUAUUAAGGCUAUCUGUGCUUACACAGCAGGUCAUCCUGCACUACACUCAGAGUUCAACAAAGCAGUCCGGACCAGUGGAACAGAGUAUACAACCUCCUUCCAGUUCCACUCCCUGCAUUUCCUCCUGACUGACGCCAUUCACCUCCUGAAAAAAAAACAACAACCUUGUCACACCACAUACAGAAGAACCAAAAUGAUGUUUGUGGGUAAAGUUGACCAAAAAAUUAGAUUUGGCUACUUUGCCUCCAGCUCUCUUAACAAGGACAAUUCUGAAUUUGGAGAGAAGUCCUGCUUUGAAAUAAAGACGUGUUUUGGCGCUUACCUUAAGUCCUUCCACAAAAUGGGGACAAAAGAAGAUGAGGUGUUGAUUCCACCCUAUGAAGAGUUCAAAGUUACUGACGUGCUCAAGAAAGAAGAUGAUCCAACACUUUGGUGUGAUGUUGUGAACAAACUACAGAGCACCAAAAUAGCCAAGAGUAACCUGAAUUGCAAAAUGUUUAAGAAGCCAAUUAUUAAUUAAGAAAACUCACAUUGAGUCAUUGUCCCUAAAGAGGAUGUAAUUCAACCAGCUUGGCUUUUUAUUCUUAUGCUUCUUACACAAAUAAAUACGAUAAAAUGUUAAGUGACUAUAGUUUCUAUUGUAAUAAGUUAAUUGGUUUAUUUGUGGAUGUUACAUACAAACCUCAUCCUGACUACAUGAAAUAGUGAUUAUUAAGAUGUGUGUAUUAGCCUGUGUAUCAGACUCCAUAAGAGACUUUAAAGAACUUAUAUGCCUUC